AGAUGUGGAUGACGAGAGCAGGACUGGAGGGGGACUAAGCAGUCAUCUGAGUUUCCUGGUUGAUUGCACCUGAGUCUGCACAGCGCUGCAGAAAUCGGCAACGUGAACUCUGCCUUCAGAAAACUAUGGAAUCUUGCCACUGAAAGGACUUGUGUACAAUGGAGAACACCACAGCUCCCGUUCAGGCUAAUCUGACAGAAAUGCCUCUGAACCCUCUGGACAAGCAGGUCAUAACAAUCUCUCUGACAAUGCUCAUCUGUGGAGUUGGGAUUGCAGGGAAUAUUAUGGUGGUGUUAGUAGUGCUUCGCACGAAACACAUGGUGACCCCAACUAACUGUUACCUUGUUAGUCUGGCUGUAGCAGACCUCAUCGUUCUUCUGGCCGCAGGGCUGCCGAACAUCUCUGACGUUGUGGCUUUCUGGAUCUACGGAUACACAGGAUGCUUGUGCAUCACUUACCUUCAGUAUUUAGGCAUCAAUGUGUCAUCCUGCUCCAUCACAGCGUUCACCGUGGAGCGAUACAUCGCUAUUUGUCAUUCCAUAAAAGCGCAGUUCAUAUGCACCGUGUCCCGAGCCAAGAGGAUCAUCGCUGGUGUUUGGGUCUUCACCUCGCUCUACUGUACUAUGUGGUUCUUUUUAGUGGACACAGAUGAAACUGUCUACACCAAUGGUGUGGUAGUCACCUGUGGCUACCGGGUCUCUAGGAGCCUCUACAUGCCGAUCUACUUCCUGGACUUCACGUUAUUCUACAUAAUCCCUCUUGUGAUGGCAAUGGUGCUGUAUGGGCUUAUUGCGAGGAAUUUAUUCAUGAGCGCUCUCCCAUCUCAUCUCAGCGAUAGAGGUGGCUCUGUUCACCGCGGUCACUCCUGCGGCACCGCCAAGGCUAGCAAGAGCACAGUCUCGGUGAGGAAACAGAUUAUAAAGAUGCUGGCUGUAGUGGUCAUCCUCUUCGCCUUACUCUGGAUGCCUUACCGAACGCUGGUGGUGGUUAACUCCUACAUAGACCCACCUUACCACAAUACCUGGUUCCUGCUCUUCUGCCGAAUGUGCAUCUACAUCAACAGUGCUAUCAACCCCAUCGUGUACAACCUCAUGUCUCAGAAGUUUAGAGUUGCAUUCAGAAAGCUGUGCAAGUGCAACAAGCAGCAUAAGGCGAGGGCGCCUGAGUACAACGUGCCCGUGUAUUACAGUGUGAUGAAGGAUUCUUCUCAUGGGAGCACUGAGCCUGUUACAGAGCAGGAGGAUGUGACAAAUCGCACCAUGAAGAGGUUCAAAAUAAUGGACGAUGAUCAGAAUUUAUUCCGUGUGUUUCAGUGAAGCUUGUUGAGAUGGAUUUAGAAGAGAUUGUGUGCAUGAUCAGUGAUGUGACAUCAGAAUUGCUGUAGACUCCUGCGGUAAUGUGAACUUCAGUGCUGAAGCCAUCAUUUUGGACGACAUAAUAGAUGUUGAAUUCACUCACAGUGUAAAAAUAGGUCUGUCACUAUCACAAUGCAAAGAACAAGCACAAAUCUGCACCUCUAUAAAUGCACUGAACACUUCAAUGGUGAGGCUAAGGAAUGAUAUGUGGCAAAAUGUUUGUUUAUUACAACUUAAAAUCCAUGAAAUCUG